AGAAACGGCAGUUUCCGAAUUCGAAGUUUGAAUCAACGACAUUCAACUCGGAAUCUGGGGCACGAAAAUAUGGUAAGUCAAAAUGUCACAAGUCGCAAAUUUAGGAUUUACAACCAACUAGCUGCCACUGCUCCAAAGUUCAGCUUGUCGAUCCGGGAUUUUGUAUUCGGAUAAGCCUGUCUCGUUAUCUAUUCUUGUCCUGACGGAAAUCUGUCAUCAUGAGGCAUAGAAGUUGUGUUGUGGCGAGCGACUUGGGGAUAAGAUGGCCUCGAUUUCGUCAAGACCCUUUAAUAACCUGGAAUUCUAACCGAAGUAGUCACCUACGUGUUCUUUCCCUUCCUUCAUGCCAUGUCGUCCGUCCCCAUUGCUCAGUUGACUGGUCCGUUGGUUAUCGGACAUUUUUUCAACUGGGGACUUUUCGGUGCCUUGACUCUCCAAGCAUACAUAUAUUACAUAGCUUUCCCCACCGACCGAUUUUUCCCUACAAAAGCUUUGGCUCUGAUUAUAUAUUUAUUUGAAAUCGCGCAGACAUGCAUAGCAACUAGUGACGCUUUUAGGAAUUUUGGUACUGGUUGGGGCGAUCUAAUACAGCUUGACGCGCUUGGCACUUAUUGGAUCAAUGGUCCGUUAAUGACUUCACUCGUCAGUGCUACGGGACAGUUUUUCUAUGCCUGGCGAAUCUGGAUUUUGACUAGAGAAAUUUGGGUUCCUUUGGUAAUUGUGUUGCUUUCUUUGACUCAGGCUGUUGCCGGCAUCUAUGCAGGUGUUUGGGCAGACGAAAUCGGGCACUUCUCAGAGAUACAGACAAAGACAUAUGUGGUGACUUCGAUGUGGCUUGCGGGGACGGCUCUUUGCGACGUGAUCAUCUCCGUGACCAUGACCUGGAGUUUGUUAAGAGCGCGCUCCGGGAUCCGGUCAACAGACAUUCUCGUCAUCAAGAUUGUUAGACUGACAGUGGAGACUGGCUCAACAUGUGCAGCGUUUGCAAUCAUUGAUCUUGUGUUUUAUCGGGUGUAUCAGCACAACAACUACCACCUAGUGCCUUCCAUAGCACUUUCGAAGUUAUACUCAAAUAGCCUGUUCGCUGUCCUCAACUCAAGGGUGCGGAUCGUCGGCGGCCGCACUGGAGACAGUACAGCCCCAGACCCAACACUAACAGUUAACGGAGCAGUACCACAUCAAGUUAUGUCAGUGAGACAUCGUCAGCGCUCGAAAGUCAAUUUUGCCAUGGAGGAAGAUGCACGUCCAAGUCGAGAUACCUCGGACGAUGUACUUGACGCUGAUACCCAUUCUCACCACGAGGCUCAUGAGAUGGAUCAGGUAAAGGUAUCUCCGUAUACUGCUGUGUAGAACGACGUCUUAGUUUGUGUGUGCUGCGAGUAAUCUACUGGCCGUACGAUGUACGAUGGUUGGGGUAUUAUACCUGUAGCUUAUUCAACGGAGCUCCGUUCAUACUAGUGUAUAUUGGCUGUACAAGUAGUGCAAGAACAUUGUAGGGGAAUAAUACUGUUGGUGAUUUGUUAAGUGCA